AUGGAGCCACAGGGCCUGGCCAGGGACAUGCGCAAGACCAGUGCCCUAUUACAGUUUGCGCCUGCGGGAUCGCUGGUAGUCCGCAUUGUGCACAAGGAGCGACAGUGGAAUGAUAAGUCAGUGCAGGUACUGGUGGACAGCUGGUAUCCUGAGCAUGAGCCUUCUCUCCUCAAGGCCGUAGAGCAGGUCGUGGCCUCUCUUUUGGAGCAGUCCCGUGGCAGGCUGCACCCCACACUAGCUUCACGCCUGGACUCCUUUGCAAGAGUAGGAAUCGACACGGAUGCAGGCAUCUGUGCAAAAGCGGCCGAGCUGGUUGGCAUGUCCGACAGGAAACGAGCGAAUUUGGAAGACUUUCUUUGUAAGGGCACACACCUUAAUGCCUCGCAGGUUGCGAAGGUGAUCGCGAGAUUUCCUGCAGUGCUUGGUUACAGCAUUGCGGCAAAGCUGAAGCCAACUGUCGAAUGGAUCAAGGGGCUGGGCCUGAGCCA